AGGUCCCAUGCACGUGCUCGACAACGAACCCCCGUAUGACUACCUCAGCUCCUAAUACUCAUGCAAAAGCUUUAGCUUAUGUUGACCCCCUCCCCCUCGGUCUCAGCGCAGUGUUUUUAUUGAAACCGAAAAGAAAAUCGAAACCCAUACCCAAAUAACUCCAGCAGAACGUGAUACUUGAGAGGGUUUGUUGAAGUUCUCCAUUACGGGUCGCGUGCAGCAUCCUCCACAAAAAUCAGCAUGCGUGUGAGCAACAUCGCGAGGUGCAGCUCCGGGCGGAAGCGCGCGAUCAGGAUACAACCGGAGAAUGCGACAGCCAUAUUUGCGUCCUCGACGACCACCGCGUUGAAAAGCAAAAGAAGUCCCAGCACUUGUUACCCGACCCUUUGUUCCAAUCUUCGUGGCCUUCCGACUUCUACCCUUUUAUCGAGAUCCCCUUUGUUCCGAGACCCACCACUGCGACCGCGUAGUUUCGAAUGCACCACUGGCCGUGGCUUCGCCACGAAAUUCUCGCUCGAAUCUGUACUAAGCGAUGGAAGCGACUCUGCCAGGCGUUCGCCAGGUGAGCUGUAUAGGCAACUAUGCGACCAGAAAAUCAUCGAGGCCGACCCCAUGCAGACGCACGCGCUGCAGGCACUCGACCGCAUAUUCCACCAGACCACCGCAAGAUCCUCAGCCUUGUCUUCUUCGAGUGCGGGAAGAACUCUAGUCGGGGGGCAGGAGUCGGGGAAGUUGUCAUCUGCAGCCGGCGCGGAAAGAGACAUGAGCACAGGCCCGGCGGGCGAAUUCGUCCGUGGACUCUAUCUACACGGGCCGGCGGGCAGCGGCAAGUCCAUGUGCAUGGACUUACUUUUUCACAGCCUUUCAGCGCAGCCCCACGUGAAAGCCAGGAGGCAGCACUUGCACGAGUUCCUCUACACCUUGCACCGGCGGCUGUUCCAGCUGAAGAGCAAGCCAAACUACCAGGGUGCCAGCCGCAAAGAAAGCGUGGUCCUGGCGCACAGCGGUGUGGGGCACAUUGGCAAAGAGGCCGCAGCCAUGUCCAGCGCUCGCGAGCAGCAGCUCUCUGCAAACUCUGCAAUGAAGCGGUUCGCGGAGGAGCUGAAGGAAGAGUGUGAUGUCUUGUGCUUUGACGAGUUCACAAUAACCACAAUCCAAGACUGCACCAUCCUAGCACCUCUACUGGCAAAAAUGUUCGCCCAGAACAUCGUUGUGGUACUGAAGUACUUGUUUGCUUUUUGAUAUUCCGAUAGUUCGUUUAUCAAUCUGGGCUUGCCAGACUUGAUAUCGAUACGAUUUUGAUUCGCAUCAUCGAUCUAUCUUCAACAUAUUAAAACGAGGACACAUACAUAAGCCUUUAACUCACAACUGUGAUUUCUCCGCCUUUUUUAUCACAGGUUGCCACUUCGAAUCGCGCGCCGGAGAAUCUUUACGAGGACGGGCUGAACAGAUAUUUGUACAUCCCGCCGUUGCUGGAGGCGUUGCAGAGUCACAUGGACGUGAUGACGGUCGAAAGCCAGGACUACCGCCUGCAGAAAUACGAACAAGAGAAAGCCGACUCGCGUCGGUAUGUGGACGACACGCCGGAUGAGGACGAGGAGGAUGAAGCUGCUGGUCGGCUUCUUCGACAAGAAGCAUCACAGCCUACGGUGGGAGAAGCGAAAGAUGCCCCUGCGCAAUUGAGACGUCGCCACAAGGUGUUUUUUCACGCCGAGGAGAAGGCAGCCGCGGAGAACUUUCUGAAGAAGAAAAACCUCCACAAUGGCAGUUUGCAGAAUACUUUCGACCUCGAGGUGGGAUACGGGCGCGUGCUUCAGUGCGAACAGGUUUCCGCCGACCGAAAGACCGCUCGGUUUUCCUUUGGCGACUUGUUUCAGGGGCCUCCAUACUUGGGGGCGGAUGACUACAACAAGAUCUGUGCGCAAUUUCACACCAUCGUUCUCGAAGAGCUGCCCGUGCUGCAGGUGGAGGAUCACAACGAGGCGAAGCGGCUGUGCAACUUCCUGGACUGCGCCUACGAGCACCACGUGCAGCUGCUCUGCGUGGACAUGGAAUGCCCCGAGGUGCUGGAGUUGUUUCAGAACCUCGUUCCGCUGGAGAAUAUCAACAUGGAGGAGGUGUUGAGAGAGCAGCAGCAGAGCCAGAUGGGGUCUGCGGUGGCCGAAGGCGCCGGAAAUAAGACCACCGCAAGGCAUCUACUUCCUCAGGUGCAAGGUUCGGGCGACCUGGACCAGUCCGCCGCCUCGUCCGGCGUCUUGUCCGCCGUGCGGGCCGUGUCUGACAUCGUCGGGAAGCAGCAGCAGAGUUGCUACUUCCUAUCCGCGGACCACAAAAACUGGUCGGUGGAAUCCAAGAUUGUGGGAACCGACGCGUCUGAUCCGGGUUUUCGGAAGAGUAAGAGCACCAGCAAAAAGGGUUCCUCUUCCUUCAAAAGAACGCUGUCGCUGAAAGAAACACCAGAAGUAAUUGCAGGUAAUAAAAGUAAGAACAGUCCAGCAGGAGGAGCAGACGGCCGAGAUCGUCAUGCAGACGCUAACCAGCACCUGCGGUUCAAUACAGAGUUGCGGAAGCGCGCUACCGGGCAGACAAUGCCAGCAGUUUCAACGACCAGCGGUGCUCCUGGGGUGCAAGAUCUAGAUGCUGCGACACAAGCACCCGACUGGACGGCGAAAAACCAACCCGCUGAAGAUGUUACACAACCACCGCACCACCCAGAUGUCCAGAUUUGGAAGCAAGAUGCAGCGGGCAUGCCACAGGUGACGAAAUUGUGGGAUGAAAAGCGGCGCGUGUCGCAGUCCGAAUGGGAGGCAGCUGAUCCUACUGCGGAACAGCACACGGUCAAGGGCGUCUUUGUGGCCGCUAUCGCCUCGCUGCAUGAAACUGGCUUCGCGGUCAAACGAGCUAUUUCGCGCUUGCAGGAAAUGCAGACGCGGUCCUAUUAUCAGGAGUGGCAGCGCAGACAGGGGCUCAAUCAACAGUGA